GAGCUGGGACUCGGUACGCGCAGGGCGGCCAGAGCAGCAUGGCGGAAGACGAGAGCGACCAGGAAUCGGAGAGACUCGGCGAGGAACUCAAGGCCAUUAAUGAGCCGCACCUUCCCGCCGGAUUGUCUCCUGCCCUGAGCAGCCAGUAUUACUGCUACCGCUUCUGCCAGGUUGUUGAAGAUUAUGCUGGAAGAUGGCAGGUUCCUCUGCCACAGCUUCAAGUACUCCAGACAGCUCUCUGUUGUUUCACAUCUGCAUGUGUUUCUUUUCCAGAUGAAUGUGAACAUGUACAGUAUGUGCUAAGUAGCCUAGCCUUGAGCUUUUUUGAACUGUUGCUAUUCUUUGGAAAAGAUGAAUUCUAUGAAGAUCCUUUAAAAAACAUUCUUGGGUCAAUUCAGGAUUGCCAGAAUCGACUCAGCAGAUAUAGAAAUGUUAACUUAGAAUUGGUGACUCGAAUUAGUAGAGACGGUGGACCUUGGGAGGAUCCUGUAUUACAAGCUGUUCUUAAAGGAAGACCGGCUUCUCAGGAAUUAGUUAACAAAUAUUUAAGCUCUGAAAAUCCACUGUUCUUUGAAUUACGUGCCAGAUAUCUUAUUGCCUGUGAACGCAUCCCAGAGGCAAUGGCUCUUAUCAAAGCUUGCAUGAAUCAUCCUAAUAUUAGCAAAGGCCUUUACUUCCAUCAAGCAUUUUUCAUGUGUCUUUAUAUGUCGCCGCUAGAAGAUCACCUACUCCAAGAGCAUUUGCUGAGGACUGACUGCAAGAAUGGCAUUGAAAUCAUCUGCAACAUUGCAAAAGAAGGGAAGAUUGCUGUAGCAUUGAAUCUUUGUGAAUUGUUUCUUAUUCCACAGCUCAAAAAAGGGGAUAUGUAUUGCAUCUGGGAGCUGAUCUUUAUUUGGAGUAAACUGCAGCUUAGGUCUAACCCGUCAAAGCAAGUAUUUGUAGAUCAAUGCUACCAUCUUUUAAGGAUAGCCACAAAUUUGCAAGUUAUUUUCCCUUUCAUGAAAGUCAUUAGGGAUGAAAUUGGCAAGGAAGGUCUACAGAUUUGUGUAGAGAUAUGUGGAAGUGCUCUUCAGCUAGAUCUUCACGAUGAUCCAAAAAUGAAAUGUUUGAUAUACAAAACCAUUGCUCACUUUUUGCCAAAUGACUUAGAAAUAGUGCGAAUAUGUGCUCUUUCUAUAUUUUUUCUUGAGCGCACCUUGGAGUCCUAUUAUACUAUUGAACAGCUAUAUAAAUGUACAGAUGACGAAUACAAUGAACAGAUAAGUUCAGUUCAGAAUCGUGUACGUUUUGAGUUGCUCCCAAUUUUGAAAAAGGGAUUGUUUUUUGAUCCAGAAUUUUGGAAUUUUUUGAUGAUCAAACAGAACUGUUUAGCACUGUUAAGAGAUAAAGCCUCAGUUGAACUGACUGAACGUCCACGUGAGCUUUCUUCUGCAAAUACAUCAAAGACACGUCGAGGACUGCGGGGUGAUCAAUCUUGUAUACCUGAGAUAAACAAUGGAGAACUGGGCUGUGAAGAUACUUCUGAAGCACAAUUGGAAAAUGAUGGUAAUUGCAAAAAGAACCAUGUAGUUCUUAAUUCAUCUAAAACUGAUCACAAUGUACCAAAACAUCGCUGCAUAUUAUGUAACAGAGAAUUUGUUGGUGGUCAUAUUGUCAGGCAUGCCCAGGCUCAUCAGAAAAAGGGCAGUUUCUCAUGUGUAAUGUGUUGUAGAAAAUUCAGACAAAAAAGUAUAAUGCUUAAGCACUUAAAGAAUCACAUCAAGAAAAUGACACUGCAUCAUCUGACUGCAACUUCUGUUGAUAAAGAAACUCUUAUUGUAAAUGAAAUGAAUUGUUCUAGUGCUGAUGUUCCCCUUCAAAAUGGGGACUUAGAGAGUACUAAAGAAAAUGAAGUGGAGCUAGUCAUUCCAAGUACUAAUCAGGAGAUGCAGAAUUCUGAACUUGCACUGGAUGUAACCAAAAAUCAUGUUAGUAGCCAGGAUGAUGUUGUUGAAAAUGGUAGUUGUGAUAAUGAUUCAAAUAAUAUUCCUGAGGUGGAAAUUAAAGAAGGAUCACCAGAAAACAGCCUGAAUAGAGAACUCCCUAUACUUCACAAGAUAAAUGGUGUGAUCUCUCCUCAAACUGAUUUGGAUCAAACAAGUAAUUUCAAGUGUCCUGCGGAUGGAUGUAUUAGAGUCUUUAAAAAAAUACGGUUUUUGAAUAAGCAUGCACGCAAGGCCCAUCCUUCUGAUCUGAAUGUGCAAGAGCAUAUAAUGAAAUGGAAUAAUGGAAAAUGUAGGUUUUGUCAGAGAAAAUUUUUGGAUUCUCAUCAUUUUAUUGAUCAUCUGAAACAACAUGUUUAUCCAAAUGUUUAUUUCUGUUUGCAUUUUAACUGUAAUCAAAGAUUUAAGCUGUCUACUGAGCUUGCAGAACAUAUGAAAAGUCAUACAGAGUUUAAAGCUCAGUGUAACUUUGCAGAAUGCUGUAAAGUUUUUGAUGACAUUUCGUUGUUAUAUGAGCAUGAAGCUCAACAUUAUUUAAACAAAGCAAAUCCUUCUGAAGUCAGUGAAAAUAUUUCUUCAGUUGUUUUGGAAUCUGAGUGUGGUAUUCAAGAAAUAGCAGAUGAUGGUGGUGAAAAGGAGGCUGUAAUGGACUUGCCAAUUCCCACUUGGAAAGCAAGGAAAGAUUCCCUGGAACCAAAGACUUAUAUCCAGACUGAGAAAAAAGUAAAUAAUCUAAUCCAGAAUGGGAAUGAAAAUGCAUAUGGUAGUGCUGUCACAGUUGUGAACUUAAUAGACCAAAAGAUACCUGAAGAAGUGGAGCCAAAUUUAGAAAGCUGUAAACUUAAUGAUCAGCUAGUCAAUGGGCAUGGUGAACUGGAACAAACAACAGCCGCACUGGAUGCUGAUUUGGAAAGUACGAGUGCCGAUACUAGGACAGAAAAUGGAUCUAUUCUACCUGUUCUGCAGAACUGUACAGAUAUAUCAGAUAAUACUAUUGUGGAUUCUCAGACACUUUCUAAACCAAAUCAGAUAACGGAAAAUACAUCAUAUGGCUUAAUUUUAACAAAGCCUUAUAUUAGACCAUUGCCUCCGAGUUACCUUGAUGAACGAUAUAUUAGCAUGCCAAAACGAAGAAAAACUUUGACUGAUAAAGCAGAUGCACAUUCAGAGCAAGGCAAAACGUGUAGCAAAUCAGAGAGACUAAGAUGCAGCAAAUGUUUGACCACCUACUGUAAUUCAGAAGCACUUCAGCGUCAUCUUGCACAAAAGAAGUGUCGGACACUUUUUGGAUUCGAUUCAGAUGAUGAAAGUGCCUGAGCAAAUGAUGUAUGAAGACUUCUCCAUUUGAGUAGUAGUGAUGGAACACUACAAUAUUCUGCAUCAACAUGCUUUUCCCUUCUUGGCCUUAAUUAUAAAGAACUCUAAAAUUACUAAAGAAAAUCAUGAUCUGAGAAUUAAAGCACACGGGUCACAACUAAGUGAUAGGAGCCGUGCAGUAUUAGUAUCCAGAAAACAAACAAACUGUGUUUAAAACCCCAAAGUACCAGUUAUCUAAAAGCCACUCUUAAGUAAAUUCACUGGGUGGCUGUAUACAGAAUAGGUUUCAUGCUGACUGAAAACAAUUGUUCCAGAGAAAAAUGCCUAUGGGACAUGCCUCUUUCUGAAUCUGUAUGUUCAAAGGAAGCCAUUCUGUAUGAUAAAACUAGUUUGAGUCACAUUCAAUGUUGCUGUGCAUUAAAAUUGGAUCAAUUAAAAAUAGAUCCAUUUAUAGAGGUUGACUCUUCUUGCAAUGGUAUAUUUUGUACCUUGGAAAUGGAACCGAUGAAUGUAAGAAAAAAUCAGUGCUGGGCAGUGUAUCUUAAUAAAUGUUUUAAGGCAUACAAUAAGGGCUAAAGUAUGUCUCUGAUAUUUCCAAAUUCACCUAAUUAAACUGCAUUCAAAUGCACCAAAGUUUUUCAAGACCUGAUCAUGAUGAAUGUAUAGAUAGAAUUCACUCCUAACAAGAACUAGCUAAUCCACAGAGCUACAAUAUUUGGUAUCAAAAAGCAGCUUUAGGCUCAAUAGUAAAUUCAUAUGGUUAGAAUUUAACUGAAUUCAGCUGGUGUAUAAAUUUUAAGCAUACAUUUUUUAAGGUCUGCAUGAGUUACACUUGUUAAAAUCUACUUUUGUAUUUAAAAUGAAUUAAAUUUUAAAUUUAAAUUUGAUUUAAAUUGAAGUUAGGAGACUAUGAAUAUAACUUUAUAUUCAUAUUGUAUCAACAUUGAAAAGUUGCCCUUAAUUUUCUUUAUGAAACAAUUGCAGUCUUAAGAAAUCCAUACAAAUGCUAUCAUGGCAGUGCAUGCUAUAAAAAUAAUUCAGAGGUAAUUUGAGCAUAGAAUCUGUUAUUCAUUAAGCAGUCCUUUUGUCAGGCUUCUAUGCAAGUAUAUAGUGAAGUUCAAAGCAUUUCUGAAUAAUUUUUAAAGUGAGUAUACAUAUAAAAUCCCAUGACAAACUUAAUCAGUAAAAAUAAAUUGCUUUAGUUCUGAGUACCAAUAAAAUUAUUUGCAGUGCCUUGAAAAGUUAAGCUUUAAACCCCUUAUUCUUAAAAUAGUACAUAUAAAAGCAGAGUAUUCUAAUCCCAAAAUAUCCAAGAUAUCCUUUUCUUUAAAAACAAUGGUGUACAAAUAUUUAUUAUGAAAAAUAACUAUUUUUCAUAAUAAAAAUUAAGAUCUUUCUUGCAGAUCACUGGGGUUUGAAAAUAUUUGCAAAGGGAUUACAAUUUUUUUUAAUGGAAAAGUUAUUUGAUCUAUUGAGCUAUAUUUUCAAUGCAAUCCUACACAUUUCUACUCCAAAAUCAGUCCCAUUGAGUUUAAUGGUACUUACUCUCAGGUAAGUGAGUAGAUUUUUUUAAAAUCAUAUUUUAUUCAUAAAUACUAAGGACUUUUUUUUCUCAAGAAACAAAUAUGAAACUGAACUUUGAACACAGAUACACUUAAAAUAUAAUUAUAUUUCUAACCGCUUUUAGGUCAAUCCUGAUAUCUAGGCACCAAAUGAUAUUUUUAAUAACUACACAGAUGAAGCUGUGCUUGACUAUGCUAAAUAUCAAAGGCUACUGUUGAAGCAAUUCGAAUUAUAACACAAACAGACCUUUUUCCAUUUACUUUUGUAAGUCAUGCAAGAUUGCACAAAUAUGGUACCUAAGUUAUCUACUUUUGAGAUAAUUAAAAUCCAAAAACAUAUAUUUUGUAAUAUAUUUGUACAUCUUACUAUAUAGGAGAUUUUAUUAAAAUAUUUUAAUACUUUAUAUUAUUAAAUGGGAGUUAUUUGCAAAUCUCAGUCUUCAAUUGUGUCUUAAUUGGAAUUUAUUUAAUUUGGUCAGAUUAGUGAAUAGGUUUUCCUUGUACAGGAGUCCUAAAAUUGGCAAUUUUAAAUGACAGCAUGUUUUAAUAUAUCAAUACAUGAAACUGACUUUUUUCAAAAAUAAAACAUUGAUUUUCUGGGACCUCAGUAUGUAUUAGCAGUUUUAGUGUUUCAUUUCUUAAUCUGCAUUAGGGGUAAUGAUGUUUUAAAGAUAACAUGCUAAGCUUGACUUCUAGUUAUUACAUAGGCACAGCUGUGCACUUUUCAUCAUGACAAUAUAAAAUGGUUUGCUAUUACUUUAUUCCAUGUUUUUUGACUAGCUGAACCUGUUAUUUCCUAUGAACCUGUCAUCCAGGUCAAAUUCAAGGUUAUAAUCUUAAAACCAAGUAAAGUGUGCCUGCUACUGACAUUUGCUGAGAUGGAUAAUUAGUGCUGUGGGUAUGAAUCGGUAACUAUACUUCGGUAUUCCCUAAGAUGGGUUUUAAUUUUCUAGAUAUGAAAAACAUUAGUUUUUCUACCAACUUUAGUUUUAGUGUCUUUCUGCACUCUUGACUCAUCUAAGUAUCCAGACUUAUAUUCAAGAAAUAUAAGCCUUUUUCUCAGGAAAACAUUCCAUUUCAAAUUAAUUCCAAAUUAUGUAACAUCGUAAAUAUUUAAUAUAAAAUUGAAAGGGAAGAUUAACCUUCUGCAAAAUGUUCAGUUUUCCACUUGCCAUGUUAUCAGCUUUAAUCAAAAACAGUUGAGUGGAAUUUUAAGGUACACCAUUUGAUUUGUUGUGCUUUACCACCAAAUACUUUACCACUAAACAAAAACACCUGUCUUUCAGUAUUGACUUGUCAGCUACUUUAAAAUAGAUUUGCAAUACUUAAUUUCAAGAUAUUCCCAAUUGCUGUUAAACACUAUUAUGAGUUAGUAAUUAAACUAGUGAGCCUAACUCCAUAUUCUAAAAUACACACUUUUUGAAAACGCGUUGACUGCCCUUUGUAAGUGAUUAGUAUUUUGACUUUCCACCAGCUUUUAAAACAGGAUAAUGAUUGAUUAUUUUUAGCCAGAAGAAGAGUUACAUGAGUGACUUCAAUCAAGCAGUUGUUUGUCAUUGACAAGUUUUCAUUAUUGCAGAAAAUAAUGUUCUCUAUUCUAGUUAACUGAGAAUUGGCAUUGGUAUUGCAAAAGUGGUAUUUCUCAAAUGGCUUGUGUAAUGCCCCCUUAUCUCCAGUCUGAAAUGAGAAAUAUAAAGCCAGCAGUAAUCAUUAUGAAGUGCUUAGGGACCCAAUUGAAAAUGUGCUAGGGUUCCCCUGCCCCACGUAGAAGAAUGUAAAAAUUCCUAUAGCCAGAACAAGACUACUGCUGUAUUUAAGAUUGUCAUGUAGUUUGAAAAUUAAAGCUUAAAAAUUAAAUGAUUGUUAAUGUUGCCCAAUGUUUUUGCCAGCUAAUAAACACUUGGUAUGCUACUCAAUCUUCCUAGCAAGUAAAGAAACUGCAUGGCUGACAGUUUUUCUAACUAGAUACCAGAUAUAUAAGACAUUACAUAAAAAUUAUACUGUACUUACUUCAAGCAUCUCCAUUAAAUCUGACUCAAGCUAGGUACAAUUAUCAUUUUUUUCUGUUUUUUUUAAAGAAUAACCUGUAGUACCUACAAAGGAUCCUCCACUACCCUAAAUAUUGACAGUGGUUCCCAAGUCAGCCUUUAGAAGACUUGACUUUUAAAGGAUGUCUCAAACUUGUUUAUCCAUUUGGUUUGUCACAAGGCUUUGUGCAUCACGUUAAAAGAAUUUGUCUGGCUAUUUUAUCUCUGCCAUCUCUUUUAUAGAACAAAUUUGAAAUGCUUAUCUGUGGGAAAGGUCACUGGUACUUUGGUCUAGCCAUAUUCAGUUAAACAUCUAGAACUGUAUAGUUUGAAUCAUGUAGGACAAUAUUCAGUAUUUCUUGUUUAAUGCCAAGGUGUAGGAUGAAAUACUUUAAAGGGUUUUUUUUUUUAUUUAUUUUGCACAGUAUAACACCUUGAUUACAUGCAGUGUGUGUAUUUUUGAAUUCUUAUGUUUAAUUUGUAAAAGCAAUUACAGAUUUAACAAGUAAGGAAAUUUGUGCUUCCUUCUUGAUGGUUAAAUUAUUUUAUUUUGCAUUUUAUACGAGUACAAAUAAAAACUGAGCCAUCAAAUUGCAAUAAAUCAACAGUAGUAUUUCAUUUAAAUUUUUGUAUUGUAAAUAGAUUUGUUCAAUAAAAUGUUAUUGUUCAAUAAAAUAUUAAAGAUACGUC